UCGGGUCUUCGCAGUCAACGCGACUUCGUUCCACCUCAGAUCUGCAAAACCUCGUGCAGAGGCAUCACAUCACACCAUGAUGCCCAUUGCCAGUUGGGCAGCACUUUUAACCUUGGCUUCAAGUUGCUUGGCAGGUGAAAAAUAUGCUGGUUUGGAGGCACAUUCUUCAGGGCAGAAAAUCCGAAGGACCAUGCAGAGUUUACCUAGGAGCUACUCGAACCUGUUCACACGUCACCUCAAAGAAGCUCCGAGGCUCGAGGACUGUGUCUGGCAGGUGGGCGAAGGGGCGUCGCUUUACAUAGCAACAAGCCUUUGGUCAAUGAGCUGCUGCAUUGCGCCGCUGUUUGCGGACCGAGAGCGCGGGCGUUUUCAAGAGCAGGAAACUGACACAAACACCUAAGACCAUCACCGACAGUGCUAGUGCACCAGAGGUCAGCAAGCUAUGGCAGCACCAGAACACCAGCGAGGGGGGCACUACCUGGAUGCUCAGUGCACUGCUUCCGCUGCCCCAGUCUAUGGCCAGCCUGCUGUUCCCCAAAUCCAUAUGAUGCAAGCGCAGGGGCCAAUGUACACUCCCCCAACUCUAGUUGUUCCAAACAUGGCUGCUCAAGGCUACCCAGCGGUGUUAUAUCCAGGGCCUGCUUAUCCCCAGAUGGGAAUGCAAGGCGUCAGAUUGUGGGAUGGGGGCGUCUGCGGAUGUUGUGACAAGAGGGACGACCGGUGUUGCCUCACGUGCUGGUUUCCGUACACGACGUUUGGCCAAGCGAUGCAGAGGACUGGAUUAGGAAGGUGUUUUCCCCAGGCACUGACGCACUUUUCUCUAGGCAUCGGGGCAUUUAUUGUUCUCUUCAUCAUAACCGCCGCGACCGGCGUUGGCUGGCUAGUAUAUGUGGGCAUCCUGCUUAUGAUAUGCGGUUGGUCGUAUGGGGGCUACUGGCGGAACAAGAUGAGGAGACGGUUCAACAUCUCUGGGGGGAGCCUCAUCGAGGAUGUAUGCCUUCACAUGUGGUGCUCAACGUGUGCUCUCUGUCAGGAGUGGCGAACGCUGGAAGAGAACCGCGUGCAAGACGGAGUUUGGCAGGGGCCCGCCCCCAAGGCGACGGCGAUUGUGGUCGGACAGCCGAUCGAGAUGGUGACCAUAAACAGCGGUCCGCUUGGCUACCGGUAGAGCUCGUCAAUAGGGCUUUUUAAGUCUCUAAGUGCGUUGUAUAUAAGUAUGGUGACCUAUUUAUGAGUAUAGCCUUAAUAACCUAGGCAGAGGCAACUUCAACCAGAAAGUAGUUGAUCGCGCCCGCGAUCCAGCUAUCACGACAGUUUUGGUGACGUUGCGAGUCUAAUCGGAUACAGAGCCGGUCAAGUGUUCAAGUUUUGGAUCAGGCAUCGUAGGUGAAUGUAGGUUCCCUCGAAAGCGGGUUGUGUUUGGUAGCGGUAGUGGUCCUUCGGUGUCAUAUGCAAUUGGAUCAGAUCGAGGGAUCUUUUUCAACCUGCAAGUGCCUUCACUGCAAUGCAGGCUGCCGCCCAGAGCGGAGUUGAUGUCAUAAUGAAAGCCUAGCUAGCUGUUGAAUUGAGGUGAACCCAGGCGCUGGAAAACCAUGCAUCCGCUCUGGCACAUGACCAGC